GACGCGAAGUUUCAGUUGUUGCAUUAUCAAACAUGGGGCAAUCGAAAGUCAAAAACAUCACUAAAAAACAAAACAGUUUUAUUACAAAAGAUCUUCUAAAACUUUUUGGGUCUUUGGUUUUGUUUAUUUUAUUUUUAUUACCUAAUUAUAUAUGGGCUGGAAUUCAAUGUUUAACACAAAAACCGAGAGACAUUCGCGGAAAAGUGGUUUUGAUCACCGGUGCGGCCGGAGGAUUGGGCCGUCAACUGGCAUUGAGUUUUCAUAGGCUCGGGGCCAGGAUCGUGUGCGUGGACGUGAACGGUGCGGGCAACGAUCUGACGGGCGAGAUGAUCCGCGCAGAGGGCGGCACGGCGGUAACGUACACGGUGGAUAUAACAGACAGGGAGAAUGUGAGGCAGAUGCACGGCGUGGUCAAAGACGCCCUGGGAUCCGUGGAUGUGUUGAUCAACAACGCGGCCGUGGUCCUUUCGAACAUCUACGUCAACCGGGAAUCCGACGAUCUAGUAAAGGACAUCGUAAACGUGAACCUUUUGGCCCAGUUUUGGAUGAAUAAAGAAAUACUUCCUUCGAUGUUAGAGAGAAAUAGUGGACAGAUUGUUGCGAUCUCGUCGGUUGCAUCUUUGAUUGGACAUCAUUCUCUUACAGCCUACUCGGCUUCCAAGUGGGGAGUAACAGGCAUGAUGGAAGCUCUGGACCAAGAACUAAAACUAUUAGGUUCGGAUAUCGUCGUAACCACUGUGUGCCCGUACUUUUUUGAUUCGGACGUCUCUAAAAGUGUAACAAAAAACAGCUUGUCAAAGUUAUCACUUAAUGCAACCUGUGAUUCCAUAGUAGACGGAAUAUUGAAGAACAAGAAAAUAUUUACAGUUCCCAGCAAAAUGUACCUACUGGUGAUACUUUUCAGAAUUCUACCGAGUAAAUCGCAAUAUUCUAUUUUUAAAAUAUUAGGAAGCUCGUUUAGAUAUAAAAAAUCCGAUUACGAAACGUUGAAGAAAUACCAGAGGAAAGAGUUAGUUGUCACAGCCGUUAAUGAUUUAUAAUUUUCAAAUUGUUAAUGCUAGAUUUGGUACGUGUGUUAACAUUAGAAUUUUGUCAAAUACGGUUAAAUAAAAUGUUUAAAUCGCGUUUUUAUUUGUUCAAUUAAUUUUCUAUUGCGUUUUCUAUUGUAUAUGAUUUAUGAUUUUUAAUUCAAAAACUAUAAAAUGUCUAUAUGGCCAUUGUUUACAGAUAUUAUGUACAACUUGUUUGUUUUUAGCUUAUAACGCUGCUAAAAUGUAUAGGUGAAUAAAAGAGGGAUACAAAUUUCA